UGAGGUUUGAUACUAUGCCAUUCAUAUUGUUUUUUCUUUUGCUUCUCUUCUUGGUGAUCACCAUGGCACAAGGAGUGGUCAUGAGUUUGGAGGUGAGAAAUAAUGAGGAGAUGAUUAAGAGUUCAGUGAAAGAAAGGAUUGAUGAUGGUGCAAAUGUUGGUGUAUUAUUUAAUGUGCUGAGGAGUAGAAAGCUUAUGAUCAUUCUAAGGAAAGAAGAAGAAGAUGAUGAAAAAGAUCGAUACCGAUACGAUUUGAAAGGAGAAAAGAAACAAGAACACUCAACUGAUCAUGGUCAUGAUCAUCAAACUUAUCCUGAUCUUUUAGACAUUGCAGGGAUGGAUUAUUCUCCCGCGAAGAGAAAACCUCCAAUCCAUAACUAAUGAACAAAAUCACUGAUCAUCAUGUUGUUAAUAAUUACUUAAUUUCUUGGUUGAGGUUUAUAGAUUAAAAUGUAAACAUAGAGUGAUCAGUAAAAUUAAAUAAUAUGUAUGUAAUUGUGUAUGUGUGUAUGUAUAUAUAUAAAUGAUUAAUUUGUUAUCUUAUGAUGUUCAAAUUAAAUUGCAUGCAUAAUUAAUGUUGAAUGUGGACCUUGUGGUGCCAUGUUCCCUGAGA